AUGAGCUCGGCACGUAAUCAAGGCUGGGUUCCGCAGUCGACUGGCGAUACGCAGCACAACGUCCGCGAUGCCGCGCUGCGAGGUGCUUCGCUCGCCUUCUCGAAGCCACGCCCGAAACCCAAGCCGGUGGUGAAGAAUUACACAGGCGGAGAUAAUGGGGCAUUGCUUGCGGCCACCCGAGUCGGAACACGCAGCCCUGCAUCCGUGCGGAGAAACUACACUGGCGGUUCGGUAGGCGGCACCAGGCCAAACCUAUCCAAGUCAGACAGCUCCAGCUCCCUGGGCGUACCUGACGAUCACGGCGACCGCAUAUCCUCCCCGUCCAAUAUCGCGGCUCGGCUUGCAGCUGCCCGACACAGCCCUCUGCGGCCGACACGCCAGGCUGCCGUAACAUCCGUUAUGGGCGAACAACAGACGGAUGAUCGGGAUGCACUGCCUCCGUCUGGGAGCGUGGGAAACGUGCUGGCGAGGUUAGAACACAAGAAGCCCGCUCAGCAGCCCCAGAAGAGGAGAGAUAGUCUGGGAUCACACUCUGCUGCUGCCAAUGCUCAACGGCCAAAACCACACCAUGAGACCACCGACGAUACUCCUAUACCGCCUACCAAUUCUUUGGUGAAGAUGUUUGAGCAAGCCCAACGACCUACCACCCCGACAAGUACACCUGCCGCACCCUUACACGUCACCCGAGACUCCCCACCUCCGGUUCGAUCGCCCAAGCCACAGCGCGCAUUCAGAAUGCCUCCCGAGCCAAAAGAAGACGCUGCGCCAUUGCAUAGGACCAGGACGCAUACGCCACCGCCCGUCAAGCCAAAGCCGAACAUUGCUGUCCAGUUGUCAUCGCCAAACAUCGAUAGCGUCCGCGAGCAAGCAUACUUUAAUACACCUCAAAAGGACCCCGUCAAGUCUCCCCGCAUCAGUCAGAAGCCAGCACAAUUGACGCCCAUCAAGACAGCAAUCUCUGCACCGCCCAAACCACCAUCACGAAAAGCAUCCAGUCAGGCACAGCUAACCUCUGCACAGAAACGGAGAGUGUCUACAUCAGGAGAAGGUCUCAUGUCGCCCUCGUCACCUUCAUCUUUCAAGUCGGCCAAGGAGGAGCAGGAAGAAGAGGAGGAGAAAGAGAAGUCCAAGCCCAGCCUACCACCACCUCGGCGAGCAGCCUCACGGAAGGCUGACUUGGCCCCAGCAGCCAGCAAACUCCAGCCAUCCGCACCGAUCCAGAUGAAACCACGUACGCAGAGCCAGAACCCGACUCCAACGCGACGCCAAAAUAUCUCUCCGCCUCGCCGGCCAACAUCAACUGCAGGAAGCGCAUCGUCGUCGGUAUAUCACAACAACUAUCAACGCGAAUCGGUCAAGCAGAUCACACAACACAUGACCGGAGAGUCACUUUCGAGUGCGAUAAUGGGUGCAGCCCUGGCAUCUCACUCGCGCAACGCUUCUCCAGCAUCACGUCCAAUGUCGGUUGAGCCGCUUUUCCCGCCCCGCAAACAUCACCACCAUCACUCGCCGUUUCAUCGUUCGCCCUCACCGCAGAAGCAAUCACCACCGAAAAACACAGGCAAGAUGCGCACCACUAUGCGCAAAGAGCCUUCGUCAUCGGAUGAUGAGGACAGCAAGGUUGACAAGUACAAGAAAAAGGGGACCCGCAUCAUGGGCAUCAAAGGGCGGAAACACCCGAACAAGCAUCAUGAAGGUACAAGGCGGCGAUGGCGCGAUCAGAUUACAGAACGAGAGCGGAAACGGUAUGAGGGGGUAUGGGCGGCAAACAAAGGCCUUUAUCUACCCCCGUCUGCGUCCACAUUACCUGACGACGAUCCCUCAGCGGAUGUUUUGAACCUCUGUGUCCAGGAGAUUUGGACACGAAGUCGCUUGCCUACACACGUAUUGGAAGAAGUCUGGGACUUGGUUGAUAGCAGAGGAGUCGGCAGGCUUAGUAGGUAUGAGUUUGUCGUUGGCCUUUGGCUGAUUGACCAGCGGUUGAAAGGGAGGAAGUUACCGAUCAAAGUCAGCGACAGCGUGUGGGAGAGCGCGAGGGGUGUGGGUAUCAAAGUUAAGAUACGGGAUUAG